CAUGCCUCGAUAAACUUUAAGAAUGCAAUCAUGUGAUCGCGUCUCUAGCGCGUUUUUCUAGCGCGUCAAACCAGGCCCUGCGUCAUCGCCGUCGAUAGCGCCCUCACCCACAUUUCACGUUAUUGCAUAUACUUCUCCCCAUAUCACAGCGAUGGCAGGAUUCAAGCGAGGCGGCGCUCGAGGCGGCUUCAAGAAAAGCUUCAACAACAAACGCUCUUCUCCUGAUGACGACGACAGCGCGCCACGCGCAAACAAGAAAGCGAAAGGCGACGAGGAUGAUGAUUCUCUUCCCAUCGUACCUGAACUUAAGACGGACGACAACGGUGAUGCGUUUGUUGCUUUAAAUAGCAGUGGCAAGCGACGCGCGACUGUUAGCGAUUUCAACAAAAACACUUUCGUCAGCAUUCGUGAAUACUAUGUUACCGAUACUGGAGAGACGAAGCCGGGAAAGAAGGGCAUCUCUCUUUCCAUUGACCAAUAUAAUGCUCUACUCGCUGCUGCCCCGCUUAUUGAGUCUGCACUUGCGAAGAAGGAUAUCAAGGUGAUACGGCCGGAUUAUGAUGGUGAUGCUAGUGCGAAACCUGAGACAAAAGAGGACAGUAAGGAGGAAGAGGAGGUUGCUGAAGGAGAGACGAACAAAGAAGACGACGAUGAAGAUGUUGAGUAAUAGGAUAUGAAAAUUGUGGGGUGCAUUCAACGUAUAUCGUACGGGCUACAGGGAGUUUUCGGCGCAACAGUCCCUGGUUGUGGAAUCAGGAUAUAGCCUCACUGCUUUCUCAUACGGUUACUGGGAGAAAAACAGGCAAUUUAAAGCAUCGUGUAUUAUGACUCUAUCGAACUUUUCUUAAAUCAUUGGAGUUCGCUGCCUCUACGAAUCUUUUCCCAACCAUGAUUACAGAGAUUUCUAAAAAAAAUUGGAC